AGCGCGAAAGGGGAGGGGACAGCUAGGAAGGCAGGAAGCUGCGGCUUAAAAGAGCAGUCCGCUCCGGGCCCUUCUUCCCUUCCCCGGUCCUGGAGCUUCGCACAUCUCCUAUCCUUUGCGGUCUCCGCCCCGCCGCCAUGUACCGCUGCCUGGGCGAAGCGCUUUUGCUUUCUCGUGUCGGGCCCGCAGCCCUGGGCUCAGCGGCAGCCGACUCCGCUGCGCUGCUGGGCCGGGCCCGCGGGCAGCCCGCCGCCGCCGCCGCCGCUCCGCAGCCGGGGCUCGCGCUGCCCUCCAGACGACACUACAGUGAAGCAGCGGCUGACCACGAAGACGACCCCAACUUCUUCAAGAUGGUGGAGGGCUUCUUCGACCGCGGUGCCAGCAUCGUGGAGGACAAGCUGGUGGAGGACCUCAAGACCCGGGAGAGUGAGGAGCAGAAGCGGAACCGGGUGCGCGGCAUCCUGCGGAUCAUCAAGCCCUGCAACCAUGUGCUGAGCUUGUCCUUCCCCAUCCGGCGCGACAACGGCUCCUGGGAGGUCAUCGAAGGCUACCGAGCCCAACACAGCCAGCACCGCACACCCUGCAAGGGAGGUAUUCGAUACAGCACUGAUGUGAGUGUAGAUGAAGUAAAAGCUUUGGCCUCUCUGAUGACAUAUAAGUGUGCUGUAGUUGAUGUGCCAUUUGGGGGUGCCAAAGCUGGUGUUAAGAUCAAUCCCAAAAACUAUACUGAUAAUGAAUUGGAAAAGAUCACAAGAAGGUUCACCAUGGAACUAGCUAAGAAGGGGUUUAUUGGUCCUGGCAUUGACGUGCCUGCCCCAGACAUGAGCACAGGCGAACGGGAGAUGUCCUGGAUUGCUGACACCUAUGCAAGCACCAUAGGGCACUAUGAUAUUAAUGCCCAUGCCUGUGUCACUGGUAAGCCCAUAAGUCAGGGUGGAAUCCAUGGACGGAUCUCUGCUACCGGCCGGGGAGUUUUCCAUGGGAUUGAAAACUUCAUCAAUGAAGCUUCUUACAUGAGCAUUUUAGGAAUGACACCAGGAUUUGGGGAUAAAACAUUUGUUGUUCAGGGAUUUGGUAAUGUGGGCCUGCACUCGAUGAGAUAUUUGCAUCGCUUUGGUGCUAAAUGUGUCGGUGUUGGUGAAUCUGAUGGGAGCAUAUGGAAUCCAGAUGGUAUUGACCCAAAGGAACUGGAAGACUUCAAAUUGCAACAUGGAUCAAUCCUGGGCUUCCCCAAGGCAAAGCUUUAUGAAGGGAGCAUCUUAGAGGCCGACUGUGAUAUACUGAUCCCUGCUGCCAGUGAGAAGCAGCUGACCAAGUCCAAUGCACCCAGAAUCAAAGCCAAGAUCAUUGCUGAAGGUGCCAAUGGACCAACAACUCCAGAAGCUGAUAAGAUUUUUCUGGAGAGGAACAUUAUGGUUAUUCCAGAUCUCUACCUGAAUGCUGGAGGAGUGACAGUGUCUUACUUUGAAUGGCUAAAGAACCUAAAUCAUGUCAGCUAUGGCCGUUUGACCUUCAAAUAUGAAAGGGACUCUAACUACCACUUGCUCAUGUCUGUUCAAGAGAGUCUGGAAAGAAAGUUUGGAAAGCAUGGUGGAACUAUCCCUGUUGUGCCCACAGCAGAGUUCCAGGACAGGAUAUCGGGGGCAUCCGAGAAAGACAUCGUGCACUCUGGUUUAGCUUACACUAUGGAGCGCUCAGCCCGGCAAAUCAUGCGCACAGCCAUGAAGUAUAACCUGGGAUUGGACCUGAGAACAGCUGCCUAUGUCAAUGCCAUUGAGAAAGUCUUCAGGGUGUACAAUGAAGCCGGUGUGACCUUCACAUAGAUGGAUUGUAGCUGACUUCUUCACUACCCUCUUCACCUCUUCAUCUGUAGACCUAUCACAAGUUUACAUGUAACCACAGAGAUCUCUUUCUCUCAUUACUUAUCAGAUAAUGUACACCAUUCUCAACAAGUCAAUCCAAAUAAGCCCCUUAAGAAAAAAGAAAUUAAGGUUAGGGAAUUAUGUACAAAGCUGCCAGUAAAUGCCAGAGAGAUAUUUGGGUAUUUUGCCUUUAAAUAAAAAGUCUCUCUAUCUGGCUACACUGCCUUGCUUCACGGCUGCUUCCCCACUGUGCUUUGGCCAGGAAAGCACCUAUAGUCAAAGAGUGGUCAGCAGCUUGUUGCUUCAGCUCUGGACAAGUCUGAGAUGUGCUGUAACUUUGACAGGUUUAAGAAGCAGGUUUGUGGCACUUUCAGGAUAUAGCAUGGUCCUCAAGUGAGUUAUUGGCAUUUUAUAUCAGCAAAAAAACUAUAGAUUGCAAACAAAAAUAAAAGCUGUUUCUCUAUUCUUUUAGAUUAAAUUAAGUACAUACUGUUGUAAUAAAAUUGCCUUUAAUCACUUAAUAAGCCUAACCGUGACUCAAGCAGUGAAUGCCUAUAAACAUAAUGAAUGAAAAAAGCUAGUAUUUUUAUAACAUAAGACAAUAUCAUUUAUAGCUUAUCAAUAGUAUAUUGUCCAGCAAAACAAAAAGGCCAGUGGCAAAUUAAGUUAUCUUCAUACGUAAUCAUUGAAUAGCAAAUGAUGGAAGCUAUUUUGUUAAGACUGUUGGAAUUUACUAACCACAAUUAUGACAUAUAGUCCAAAGAAUGCAGUAACCUCAUCAUCAUGUUAAUUAACUGUUCUCUUUUGAAAAUCUGUGUUGACUGAUCACACAAUAAUUCAAAUAGAGUGUCCCAGGAAAAAAAACACUUGGGCUCCCUCUUUGGAAUCUGACUGGCGUCUCUGAGUGUUACCCUUAAUGGCCCCACUUGUCCCAACUUUGUGUCUUUGCUCAGGGGCCUCACAUUAUGCACACAGCUUCAUUAACAGCAGCCUGAAAACAACCUGGGCCAGAGUGUUGUAUUUUGCCAGGGCCUUUUGAAUAGUAGUGUCCCAAUGAAGUGCUAAGAUAUUAUUUAUGUAAGAAUGAGCUUUUUUCUUUAACAAUAAUACCCUAUCAGAAAUUUCUAACUACUUUGUAACUGCAUGACUUAACCUGGUGAUAAAAGCAGUUAUUAAAAGUCUACCUUUUCCAAA